GCUGUUGUGUGAUUGUGCCGGGAAUUCCUCUUUCGUAUCUUAUCCGAUUGACAAUAAUCAUAUAGCUGAUUUUAUUAAAUUCUAAGGGGUACAUUAGAGUAUUCGCCAUGACGUACGGUAAAUUUCAUAGGUUCUUUUUAAGAACAGUGGCGAGUCAAGGUGCUGUAUCAAUGAGCGAUGCUCAAGAAAUCGUGCAGAAAUUCAACGAUGAAGAAGAAACAUCAGUGCAGGAUGUGGUAAAAUCAAUCAAUGAUGAAAUUAGACAAUUUCAACAAGAGAUAAAAAUAACUAGCGAUGAGGUCACAAAUGAAAAAGUUAUUGUUUUCUUGUCUCUCGGCUAUGAUGAAGCAACCAAAGCCCAGAAUAUAUUUUCUGCAAAUGAAUUGGAAUAUUUCAGAGUUCUCCUUGAACAGAUUAUGACUACAGAGUCAAGACAGAUUACAGGAAUGAAUGCUAUUAAUUUAGCAAGUAGUAUGAAAUCGACUUUUACUAAAUCUGAUGCACAAAGAAUGCUGAACAUUUGGCAUAGAAUGAAAUACUUGGACAAGGAUCAAAACAACUAUGCUUUAGGUGUGAGAGCAGUGCACGAGUUUGAAGGUUAUAUUCGCCAAAACAUGCCAGAUGCUGUUGAACAAUGUUGUCUGUGCAAACAGACAGUUUUUAGAGGUUACAAUUGUCCAGCGUGUGCAUUGGCCAUUCACAACCGAUGUCUGAUGGGCUACCUAGAGAAGAUACAAAAAUGGCCCUGCUGCAAGGUUGAUUUUGACCAAUCCCAGCUUGAUCGACUCACUAGCGCUGGUUCCAGAUUAUUAUCGCAGUCACAAGCCAAUACAACACAAGAUACAGAGGAACAAAGCAUCGAGGUACAACCCACCCAAACGCAGGAGUCAGAAAGCAUGGAAUUAGACAUAACACAGGAAGUUAUUCCAGAGAUAUCACAAAGGGUGACUAGAAAGAGAAAGCGACAAAAUUGAACAUAUCAAUGACUAGACAUUUUAAUUUGGUAAGGUUAUCUUUUUGUUCUGUAGUUUGGUAGUUUUGUUUGUUGUUAUCUAACCAGAAAAAUAAAAUUUCUUAAUUGUAUUUGUGUUAGUUGCCAGGUACAAUUUUAGGGUCUGUGUGCUUGUUAUUGAAUUUUCUACUGUAUUGUUACAGUUUUAUAGUUAUUUUUUGUUUGUCCCAUAAAAUACCUCGGCAUGUGAUGUGAAUUCAUUAGUGAAUGAAGAAGGCUCAAUACAAAAAAGUUUUUAUAAUUGUGGUUGGUUUUUAGUGUAUGUAAUUUAGAUUACUUAUUUUUUGUAAUUGUAAUAAUAUUUUUAGAGUAAUUAUUUGUUUUUUCAUACAUUUUUUUAUUGAUUUGUAUCUUAGUUAUAAACUUAAACUACCGACUGGUCGCAAGUGCGACUGCCGGGUAAGGGGUCUCGGGUUCGAUUCCCGGGUUGGGCAAUGUAUUACUG